UGAAUCAGUUGUCUGUGCGUGAAUUUGGAGCCGCGCAGGCGCAAUGUUGUGACGUGACGUCAUUGCUCAUUCAUACUUUUUGUUCAUCAAUGAGACAAAUGAUUUUAUUGACUUGGUGCUAGGUGUUGUGAAAAGUAAUUAACAAUCGAAACCCCAUUCCUCGAUCAAUCGUGUGUGUUUCAGUGCUUUUUGUUUAGUGAGUGCAGAUAUUUAAGAAUCCAUUAGUGUAUUCAUUGAUAAAUAAGUGCAUGAAAUUCUGAGCACAUGCGCAAUGCAAGCAAUUCAUGGACGGAUUAUGAGAACAUUUUUAUUUGUUAAUAACUACUUGAACAGUUUUGUGUACCGUGAGUUCAAUUUAGGUAAAUCAUAACUUGUUGGAAACAGGCUCAAGUAGAACAUUACGACACUCCGGAAGUGGCGGGACAAGCCGGCCGAGGGGCUCGUUCCGAAAGAGAUAACAGCGGAUGAAAGAGAUAAACAGUUAUGGAUUUAACAUGGCGGACGAAACGCGUAAAGUGCGAGUAGAAGAACGUUUGAAAAUAAAGAUCGGUGAAGCCAAGAAUUUACCAGCUCGCAACAAUGGAGCCGCGUGUACCCGUGAUAUAUACUGUGUCCUGUCACUUGACCAAGAAGAAAUAUUUCGCACAUCCACUAUUGAAAGAACACUCAAUCCGUUUUUCGGCGAAGAGUUUCAAUUCGAGGUGCCCAGACGAUUUCGAUACUUGUCCAUAUACGUGUUCGACCGUGACAAGCAAGCUAGUAAACAGGACAAAGUCCUCGGAAAAGUUGCCAUCAAAAGAGAAGACUUGGAAAGAUACAAUAACACCGACCAUUGGUUUGCACUACGACCAGUCGAUGCAGAUUCAGAAGUUCAGGGUAAGGCGUACAUUGAAUUGUCCCUCGAGGACUCCAGAAAACGGCUACGAAUGGAUCCAAAACCGCCUGACCCGGACCCGGCUACAGAUAAAAACGACUAUUCGACGAAAACGAAAGCAAACAAUCUCACUAGAUUAUCGGAAUAUUGUAAAGAGAGUAUGAGAUUCGGUUCAUGCUCAAGUUCGACGAGUAAAAAAUUAUUAGCAGCCGUAGCGACUGAACCCUCAUUAGCUCUAUCGCGAUCUGAAAGUUUAAAAGAUCGCGCCCAAUGGGCGAUACGGACGAAACCACCAAUGCAUACGAUGGCUGAAUCGGAUGCAUUGACCUCUCCCACCGCAGCCGACUAUUGGUCGGACCCAGAAAGACAUUGUGCCGCUCGUGUAGGUCCUGACACGUUACGCUUAAGGGUGCUGGAAUGCUCAGAACUAACAACGAAAAAUGGUCAGUGCGAUCCUUUUGCUCUUGUGACGUUACUGUAUUCAAAUGGAAGAAGAGUUGAAAAACGUACGAAACCAAGAAAGAAGACUGUCAACCCUCAGUUUGAUGAAAUUUUUUGUUUUGAUCUCGUUAUAGAGGCUGAUCCUAAGGAUAAAGAUGGCUCGCAAUCUGCUGGAAUAGCUUGUGAAGCUAGAGUAUCAGUGUGGCAUGAUGCGGCUACGCCUGUUUUUCUUGGAGAAGUAAGGUUACAAUUAAGACAACCUGCACCUGAUCCAUUAUGUGCAUGGUUUUUCCUAACGUCCCGCGCGGGCGGCGCGCUGUCCCGCGGCGCGACGCCGCCGGGCACGCGGCUGUCGGCGGCGGGCAGCGCCACGCUCGGCUCGCUGCGGCUGCUGCUCAAGUACACGGUCGACCACGUGUUCCCGCUGCAGCACUACCGCCAGCUGGAGGAGCUCUUCUUGAAGAGCGUUCAGCAGAAGCCAAUUACAACGUCAGCAGUGUACAUUCUCGGAGAAAUAGUUUCGAACAAGACUGAAGCGGCGCAACCUCUAGUGAGGCUCUUCACCCACCAUGAUCUCAUCGUGCCCAUCGUUAAAGAGCUGGCCGACUCGGAAAUAUCAGUUUUAACGGACGCGACAACAAUAUUCCGCGGCAACACGCUAGUGUCGAAAAUGAUGGACGAAGCGAUGCGUCUCACGGGCGCGGCGUACUUGCGCUCGGUGCUGCGGCCCACGCUCGCGGCCGUGCUGCACGAGCGCCGCCCGUGCGAGAUCGACCCCGCGCGGGUGAAACCCUCCGCCGAUAUAGCCGCCAACCUUGCCAACUUGAAGGACUAUGUGGAGAGGGUGUUCGCAGCGAUCACGUCGUCGUACGGCACGUGCCCGGCGGCCAUGUGCCGGCUGUUCGACGCGCUGCGGCAGUGCGCCGCGCGGCACUUCCCCGCCAACGCGGAGGUGCGCUACUCGGUCGUGUCCGGCUUCAUAUUCCUCAGGUUCUUCGCGCCCGCCAUACUCGGACCGAGGCUGUUUGAUCUCACCACGGAACAGAUUGACUUGCAAACGACGCGGACGCUAACGCUGAUCUCCAAGACGAUCCAGUCGCUCGGCAACCUGGUGAGCAGCCGGUCCGCGCAGCAGGUCUGCAAGGAGGAGUACAUGGCGGAACUCUACCGGAGCUUCUGCACGCCACGACAUGUGCAAGCAAUAAGGCAGUUUCUCGAAAUAAUCUCCACCAGUUCAGACACACAAAACAACAAUAUACAAGAAACAUCAGUUCUACUCAAAGAAGGGACGAUGAUAAAGCGUUCGGAGGGUGUGCGCAUGGGGCCGGGCUCGCCGCGCCGCCGCUGGGUGCGGCCCGCGCACACGCACUCCAAACGGAGACACUUCAGAUUGACCAGUGGUGAGUUAUGGUGGUCGCGUUGUGGUGCUAAAGCGGCGGCACACCGGCUCCCUCUAUCGGGCGUGCUCUCCGUGGCGCCCGUGGACUGCCCGCCCGCUGGCGCACCACUAGACGCUAACAAUAUCUUCCAAAUUGUGCACCGCGAGCGCGUGCUGUUCGUGCAGGCGAGCAACUGCGUGGAGCGCGCGGAGUGGCUGCGGCUGCUGUCCGCGCUGUGCCGGCACUCGCCCGCCGCCGCACCGCACCGCGGCUACUAUAGUGAUACUAAGUGGACGUGUUGCGGUCGCAGCUCGGCGGACGCGGAGGGGUGCGGCAGCGCGGGCGGCGGCGGCGCGGUGGCGGCGGGCUCGCGGGACACGGACGCGGCGCGCGGGCCGGCCGCGCUGGCGCUGCGCCUCGACCCCGCGCGCGACCUGCAGCGCCUGCACGCGCUGCUCGUGGCGCACGCCGCGCUGCUCGACGCGCGCCUGCGCAGGCCGCCCGAUGAUACAAGUCUAGAAGAGCGCGAAGCGGAAGCGGUAACGCUGCGGGAUUUACAGAGAGUUAUGUUUGACUUGGAGCACAGGCACUGUAUAUAUAGGAGGUCGCUAGCGAGGGAAACAAAGUAUGGGAGCAAACAAGCUCCAAUCGGCGACGACAAUUAUUUACAUCUGGCCGGUGCCGCUGGUAACAUAGAGAGCGGUUCGUUCCUGUGGCGGCCGUGGCGCGGCAACGUGUCGCCCACGAUAGACCUCGACGGCAAAGCUCUCCCGCUCCAGCCUUCGAUCGACAUCUGUUCCAGCUCUGAGUCUCUAAAAUUAGCGAGGCUCGGCGAUGAACGCUCCUCGGGAAAAUCUAAUAAAUCCACGGGUAGUGGAUAUUUAACUAUGUCUUGUAUCAAGCACGAACCGUCCGAAGAUAGCGAUGCCUCCAAUGAAAAACCAGCCAGACCUCCGAAACCGGCGCGCCUAUCCCCGUCACGGCCUACCGUAGUGUCUCCGGCGACUCCUCUGUGUGAAUAUGUCGAUGUGGAAAGAAAGCCUCCUGUUCGAAGGCCUAAACCGGAAAUUGCCCCGCCUAAACGUUCCGACUAUGAGUUGACAAAUAGAUGUAAAGAGUAUGAGCUCAUGGCCAAUUUUAUGAGCCAUGCACAAGCGUCCGAGGAAGAUGUUCCACCUGCGGUUCCUCCCAGAGGAAACACUGCUGCACGAGUGAGACUUCAACCUAAACCCAUAGAUAUAGAAUCGAAAUCUGGAGACCAACCUGCGCUUCAGAGAAAAGAAUUGUCUUGUUCGACAACCAGUCUACCGGAUGCCGCAAGUUCAGAUUUCUCAAGCGGUCAAAUAGAGAGGCGAGAAGAGAGGCCCACAAGUAAAAUCGACACCACUUCAAACGAUGAUAGUUUACUUGACGAAAUACAAAAUUACUGUGUGCUCAAAGUGUGCGAAGACGAAACUCCCGAAGGAGAUUCUACCGAAACUAAACGCGAGGAGUCAAAAGAUCGAAAAGAAAAAGACGAUUAUGGCAUGUUUUCUAGGAUAAGUUUACAGAGGAAGUCGAAUCCUAUCAAGACCCAGUCGAAAUCGAUCAAGACCCUCAAGACCUCCAAUUCCACCUCGAACGUCCACGACGUCGCCGCAAAUACGUCGAGACCGUUCGCGGAGAGGUUGACGCCGUUUUUUCUCAAGAAAAAACCCAAGUCGGAAACCGCCUCCAAGGAAGAUUCACAAUCGGGCAACAAGAGCCGCAAGGAGGACAACCUCAUCGGGCGGUUGACGCCGCGCUUCGGGCAGUCGCGGCUGUACAACCGCGGGCAGUCGCUCGACCUGACGGCGGCCGGCGGGCACGCCAAGCGCAUCGAGCGCUCGGCCACCACGGUGAGCGUCCCCACGCGGCCCAUCAACUCGCUGAUCGUGGCCAACCUGAAGUUCCCCACGCUGCACCGCUACAGCGCGCAGGACGAGGUGCAGUGCCACGCGUUCGUGCGCACGGCCGAGGAGGGCGCCGGGCGGCCGCGCGACCGCGAGCCGGCGCCCGACGAGCCGCCGCAGCCCGCCGCCUGGCGCCGCGCGCAGCCGCCGCUGCUCGCCGCCGCCACCAACGACAUCCGACUGUGAGCGGCCCCCCUAGUGCUGUAUCCUUCUGCUGCGACGCGACGACUGACCGUGGAUACGGUGCGAACGUAUUAGGCUAGUUUCGUAUUUAUUUCUAUAUUUUUCGAACUCGUUUUCGUCGACCUGAGCGUGUGCCUCCUCUAGUUCGUAGAAGUCUUCGAGAGAGCCGGCGUGAAUUAUAUUUGUAGCGUAAUUGAAUACUCAUAAAGUGCCAAGUUUGUGCGACGCCGCGUCGGCGGCCCAUUCUCAUUCCUGUUGCACGAUUUAUUCACGACUAUUGUACUGACGGUUUAAAAUAGAUGUAUGAUAUUCUGUGAUCGAUGUCGAUGUCUUAUUGGAUCUAUCAAUAUUAAGAGAGAUACUGUAUUUAUAUUUUAUUGUAUGUUAUUGUAGAGAACAAUGUCGAUAUCCAGUUGACGCAAAUGUCGCUUUUGACUCGUUAGCUUUGUAAUAUAAAAGUACUCUAUUUAUAUAGAUAAUUGUGUACAUUUUACGCACUGUAAUUUUGUUUGUAUUUAAAUAGUUUUGUAUUGUAUAUGUCACGGGUUAAGAUAAUAUAUUAAAGUCGUGACGAGCAUUGGAACUCGUGUAACAGAUUUGUUUCUUAUUUUUACAAAAUAACGAUUCCGUAGGGCGAUAAGUAGUUUAACAAUUAAAUCUAGCUACGAACUGCCACUCCUCUCUUAACUCGUAUCAUAUGCGAGCGCUCGGAGCGAUCUGAGUGUCUGUGUAUAUCUUAUACAUUUUCAAUACCUUAACUUAGAAAGUCUAUAAGUAUUUAAAUUUUGCGAAUUUUAAGUAGAAUUGUACAUUCUAAUAAGCAAUUACUAACAACAAAAGAUACACCAUAAAUAGCAAGCGUUGUAUGCACCUUUACAUAUUAUUGUGUACUUAAAAGUGAUAUUAUUACAUAAUAUUAUGUAUCAUGAAAAUAUUCUAAAUAAAGCCUUAGCGACAUCACGCCUACAAUAAGGGCCUUCGGUAACACUGUUACUUAUUCUGUGAUUCACUUUACAAAACUCAUCUCAUAUUAUAAAAAUAUAAUUUAGUUAAUAAUUAUUUUGUAAAAUAGAUGCAUGGAUAAUUUUAAAGGGUAAAACGAACUUUAAUCAAUGUUUUUAAAGAUAAUUUUCUUAUGAAUGUAUAUUUAUAUAACCUUUAAUUUGCUAAGGUGCAUUGUUGUUCUAUCUUUUUCGGAUAAUUAAUUUUUGAUGUAAUCUAUAAGAAAUAUAAAAUAUUGUACAAAUUUAAUAUUUCUUUAAAAUAUAUGUUAUUUAUUUCACUUACAUAUUACAUUUUG